CGCGGCACAUGAAGCGAAACAACAGAGCUUCGCGCAGAAGUAACGCUGAUGAGCAAGUGAAGGUAGAAUCCCGGCGACUCAAACGCAAAGGGUGACGGACGUAGAAAUCGAGCUGCCCGCCGAAUCGCAGAUGGCGGAGAAAACGGGAGCUUCGAGCGCUUUGGAGGACAUUAGUGACGCAGAACUGCUCAACUUGGAGUCAGAGCAUCUCGCAAGAAGCGGCGGAAGACCCGACGCUGCCAAAGACGUCGCAGCCGGUGGGACUCUUGCGGCGGGGUCGGAGCCAGGGCCCGGCCCUUCUCCGGCUCGGAAAAGGAAAAGGAAAAGGGAUUUGUCUGGCCGCAGCCCGAUGGAGCGCUGCUGCCGCCGAUACUUGAAGGUGACGGAGGUGUGCGGCCAGUCUUGGUGUGAGCUGCAGGUGCUUUAUGGGUUCGAGUACCCUCUUGUGCUGAAGGCAGAGAAGGAGCGUGCGGAAGUCAAGGCGGGGGCCAGUAUUCACCUUGCUCGAGAGCGUGAGGUUCACGAUGUGGUGCAGGUGUGCGUCGUCACCAGGGAGGACCGCCAGGCUGUCAAGUUCCUCAACCUGCUGGGCAUGAUCUCAGCCUUGCAGACCGGGUGUUGUGUGCGAGAGCUGCCUGCGAUUGGGAUGUUGGAGGGGGUCUUUAUGGUGGGUGUCAUAGAUGAACUGCGCUACAGUGACAAGGGAGAACUGGUGCUGAAUGAGCUGAAGACACGCAGACACAAAUCCCUUCCCAGCGAAGCCCAGGCCAAGGGUCACCGUUUACAGGUGGGCCUGUACAAGCUCCUCUUCGAUGGCAUGGUCCGAGGCUCGCUGUCCAGGGACCAGGUGGUUGAGCACCUGGAGCUGCGUCUGGAGCGAGCGCUGGGGCCCGGGGUGUUGGAGCACGCAAGGAACCUUGGCUUCCGGGUGGCCGCUUUCGGGGACGUGUUGGACCUGCUUCUGGUCAACCUGAAGUACUGCGAGCUACCCUGCAUCGACCUGCUCCGGCUGGAGUACUGCCACCAGGGCUCCGGCGACAUUGUGGGGAGCCAGGACGUUCCGUUUGACGAAGACCAGUUGAGAGCGCAGCUUCGGCAUUACCUCUCCUUCUGGUUCGGCCAGAGGGAACCCAGAGGAGUAGACAUCGAGGAUGCGUGGAAGUGCAGGAUGUGCUCUUAUGCGGAACAUUGUGAGUGGAGAAGAGGAUCAUCACAAGGCAGUGUGACGGUGCACACAGACAAGAAACUCAAGUGAGACUCAGUUUCUUUGACUUAAAUGUUUUCAUAUCAUGUAAAUGCACUUUCCAUCAUCUUCUGUAACCCUUGUGAAAUGCAAACAUUCCUGUCAGCUGCCUUAAUAAUUUGAAUGUUUAUUUUAUUCCAACUGUGAGCAUAAGCUGUGAAUCAUAUCAACUGAAAGACAAUUAUGGCCUUUUAUGAAAAGCCUGCAUCUUACUCCAUACUCUAAAAUAUGGGAACUAAACACUUCACGAUGAGUGUGAGGAUAAUGGAAGGACUAGAGAAGGCAGGACUGUUUGGACUCGUAAAAACAGAGUGUGAUACUUUUUAAUGUUCUAUGUAUUUUUACAUAGAAAUGUUGAACAGUGAACUGUGUCACUUUUAAUACGGUUAUCUGCAUUAAAGUGGAUGUUUUAUCAUGUAUUAAUGCAAAAUGUACUGCAAUUUGCAGCUUUGGCCACAAGGCGGCGCUGUACUGUGACAGAUGGAUUAGUGUAGAGUGAAUUGAAGUACCAAACCACACUGAUAAAGGCAUGAAAUCUGUUUUAAAAAAAUGUUCUUCUUUUGUAAAGCUUUGGAAAGAUGAAUUUUAUCACAUGUAUUUUUCACGGUGAAUUUACUG